CUGCGUCCCCCGGUCUUGUCGUCAUUUUCUGAUGUUGUUCCGGAUAUUUUUAUUCACAUGCCUGCAGCAUCAAGGCCAGAACCUUUGUUACCAUCCACUGCACGAUCUAGAUGGCAACCACCGAUGAAACCAUCUCCACCGGGCCCAAGGUACCCCUCGAUGACGUCACGGUCCAGAAUGCCGCCCGCACCAUCCAGAGAGCAUACCGUGGCUACCGCACGCGCAGUGAGCUGCGUGGUCUAGGACUCGACGCAUCGACACGCUGGGCUGAGACGCCGAAUGGCAUCUGCUCCAUCGUCCCACCGCCCCAUCCUCCUCUGAAACUAACAACACCCCCAAAAGCCAAGCCCGACUGAACUGGAAGCGCGCCGUCAGCGUCGCCAAACAAGCUGGUGGCGACGACAACACCGAACUCGGUCCGACGCCUACCUCGCCUGCUGAUG